UUUUCGCGUUCGAGGCUUUGUCGCCGGCGCCAUGGGCGGCGGCAAAUAUGGGGGCAAGGAUGGGGGCAAGGGCGGCUACGGCGGCGGCUACGGCGGCUACGGCGGCUAUGGUCUCGGGGGCGAGAGUGAGGAGAUGGAGGUGGACGAUCGGGACAUCGGCCGCAUCAUCGGCCGGGGCGGGUGCAACAUCAAAGACUUGCAGGAGGGCACCCGGUGUAAGAUCAUCACCCCCACCAAGCGAGACGACAACGACGACCCCACGCUGCGGAAGGUGGUCAUUCAGGGGACGAAGGAGCAGAUCGCCAGGUGCAAGGAGGCCAUCAAUGGCGUUCUCAUGGGGGAGGAGCCCAAGGAUGUCCUGGCGCAGCUGGACGGCGCGGUGCUCAUCAAGAACGUCGAGCCAAUGUCCAUGGGCCAUCUGGCGAAGAUCAAGAGUCGCAUCGAGACGGAGCUGAAUGUGCGCAUCGAGCUGGAUGCUCGCUCCGCCCGCAUCUGGAGCAAGGACAAUGAUCGGGACAAGGCCAUGGACGCCAAGGAGAAGAUCGAGGAAGAGAUGGAGGACAUCACCACGGUCGACUCGCUGACGGUGAAUGUGCCGGCCAACAUCGUGAACCAAGUGAUCAACGACUCCGCGCUGCGGCAGCUACAGGACCAGACGGGCCUCACAGCCAACGUCUGCAAGAACGACCAGGGCACCGGGAUCCGGCUCACCGGGCUCUCGGGCGCCAUCCAGGAGGCGAAGGGGCUCAUCGAGCGCCGCAGCUCGGGGGAGGGGGCGGAGUUUCUGGCGCUGAUGCCAGGCCUCUUCCAGAAGUUGGCGCCCAAGAAGUACGCGGACUUCCAGCGGGACCUAGGCUUCCUCAUGCAGAACUCUGGGGCACAGGUCACCAUCGCGGAAGGCUCCAACCGCGCCGACUUCCGGGGCGGCCCGGAGGAGGUACGGCAUGCCAAGUCGGAGCUGCAGAAGAUCUUGCACUUCUACUUCGAACAGGAGUGCGACACCAUUGACCUCCCGCCGGAGUCGGUGAAUUGGGUGGCGGGGGACGACGACAGAGAGCUGAUGCGGCUUCAGAGUGCUGGCGCCGUCAUUGCGCUGGACCGCUCGGCCGCAACUUUGUGGAUGUGCGGCAAUCCCAGGUCAGUGGAGCAGGUGCGGAAUCGGAUCCGCAACUCUCUGCAGCGGUGGGACAGAGAGCACGCGGUGAUUCAUUUGCAGUCCCGGCAGUCUGCAUGGGCCAUCAUCGGCUCAGGCGGCUCAACCAUCCGGGAGCUCCAGUCGUCGACCCAGGCUCGGAUCGAUGUGGACGCGGACAACCAACGCGUCACCAUCUCUGGCAGGGAGGAGAGCGUGCGAGAAGCCAAAGGGCGGAUUAUGGAGAUCAUCGGCUCCAGAGGUGGGGGCUGGGGCGGCGGCGGUGGUGGCUUCGGGGGCAAUGCUUCGGGGCAAAACGAUUAUGACUCUCCCGUGAUGACUCAGCUUGGCUUUGAAGCAUCCCACAAUGCCAUUGCGUUUAUUUGGGCAAGGGCGGCGAUGACUGGGGCCGCGGACGAGGCCGCGGCGGCGGAGGAAGAAACGGCAUCAACCGAGCACCUGCCUCACGUCCGGCGCGUCGCAGCAAUGGCCGCCUUCGACCCAGCUCCCUAUUGCAUCCCCGGGGAGAUCACUGUCCAUGAGGUCCUCGACAUGAAGAGGGCCUUUGACAUGAUCGACGAGGACAACAGCGGGGUCAUCGACGCGGAGGAGCUGCAGGGCGCCGCGGUGGCGCUGGGCAUCCCCAUGGAGGAGAACAUUUCGGUGCUGCUGGGAACGGACAAGAUCAACUUCGAUGAGUUCUUCAAGAGGAUGACUGCGAAGCUCAGUCCCUCGGACAAGGUGGAUGACAUCAUGGGCAUCUUCGAGCUCUUCGACAACGACGCGACAGGCACCAUCUCUUUCGAGAACAUGCAGAACGUGGCGCGCAUCAUCGGCGCCAAGGAGUCGCCGCAGGAGAUCCAAGCCAUGCUGAGCACCCUGGAGCCUCGGGGAGUGUACCGUUUGGUGGGGGAAGACCGGAAGAGCACGGAGUUUGAGGUGAAAACCGUGGGGCUGCGGGGCGCCGGUUAUCAGCCGUACCAGCUAGAAGCUGGGGCUGGUGAUCCGGUUGCGGGACGUGACCCGCUACCUGCUCCCAUCGCCUACUUGUACGCCAACGCCCUUCGCGGCAACGCCGCGCCUGCUGCUCCCGGCUUAGACAGCCGGCUGUGGCCCAUUCCCCCGAUGGUGGGCGCAGAGCCCAAUCCCGGGGUGAUCACGGACGAUUGGAUCCUUUCUCAGGUCGUGUUUGAUGAGGAUGCGGAGGCCCCUAUCCCGGCGGCAGUGCUUCAGACCGGGCUGUCCAUCAUGCUGCUCAUCCGGAGCCGGCUCAAUCAUGGUUCAUCCGACAUUGACAUCAUUCACGAUCACCCCAGUCCGGCGGAUAUGGACUUUAUCCCUGACGCAGUAUCAUCUCACCUGUCAGGUACCCGAGGUCGGGAUGCGAACCGCUACAACACUCGAAAAGAGUCCGCCCCCGACGUCAUCGACCUCGAAGAGCAGUCCAGCCACCGUACCAGUGAUGGAUCCGAGCAGGAUACACCUGGUAUUGGCUCUACUCCCUUCGACCUCCUCGACAUCCCCUUCCAUCAGCCACCCAGCCACUCAUUGGUGACGUUGCUCAACGGCUUGAUCUCACUCAACCUGAUCCAGAUCAAGCUCAACUUCGCGGGGAAGAAAAUAGGCGCGGAGAUCAUGACGCUGAUAGUCGUCCUGCUCCGUCUGCUUCCACAAGUGGCGGCCAUCCUGUUGCAUCUGAGCUUCAACGACUGCUUCUCGCGAUCCACAACGAGGGAUGAUAUCAACGCUUGCGUCGGUGAGAUCAAGAAGAUCAAUAACCGUGUUGACGCCUUCGAGAAGAAGGUUGAAUCAUCUUUCUCUGCCGUUGCCGGAACUCUCUCAAAACACGAGGCCAAGUUCCGUGAUUUCCACGAGUGGGUCGCCCGAAGCGAGAAGGAGAUGAAUGAGCGUUUCAAGAUGUAUGAUGAGAGGUCUGACUCGAUCGUCAUAUCCGCUGCUGAACUUCGCGAGCAGGCCGAAUCACUUGAGAACGUCAAGGUCCAGCUCCUUAGGUUCUCUGAGAUCGGGGCCCUUGAGGCUGAGGUUCGGAAAAUCAAGGACGAAGUUGAGGCGAACUCUCGCAGUGUCAUCGACAUUGAGGGAACCAUCUCAAGGGAAAGAACCAUCCGUGGGAACGUCGAGACGUAUAUCCAGCAGCUCGUUCCUGCGACCGACCUGAAGCAGUUCAGUGAUAGGAUGUCCGGAGCUCUCAAUGAGAACUCACAGAAACAGGAAGAGUUCAAGCUUCAAUUGUCCCGUAUUGCUAGAUGCGUCAAGGACCUUCAUGACAAAAGCUUAGGCCCCAAUCCGAGGGACAUGCAAGAGCAGUUUAUGAAGCUUGUGCUGAGGGUCAAUGAGAUCAACAUGCAGAUCGCUGCCUCCUCCACCUCCACCUCCUUCAGGGCCACCCCCACCGUCACCAUCAGUGUGAUCAUGAGGAGCCCGGGCAUCCACAGCAUCGGGAACCUCGCUAUCCAUGCCGAAGCUGCGGCAAGUCAGUCUGCGAAGACUGCUUUGACCAUGAUUGACCUGAUUGCAUUCCUGAUCAUAAUCAGCGGGAUGGCACUGCUCCUGAUCCUGGAUCCGGGCCAUCACGUGGAGAUCCGUCACAUCGGAGUCCUGAACCGCACCAAGGGAAUUCUGGUUUCUGUUCCCACGCCGGAGCUGUUGAGCAUGGAACGUCUCAGGGAGUCAUUCGCGGGAGAUACGGACCUGACGCUGCUGUGA